AUGAAUCAAUUUGGAGUAAUCGCCAGGCACUUUUCAAGUUCCUCAGCAGUGCAAAGUGCUAUUAAAAAUGUAACAGUUAUAGGUGGUGGGUUGAUGGGCUCCGGUAUAGCACAGGUAGCUGCUCAAGCUGGUCAAAAUGUGAUACUUGUAGACGUCAAUUCUGACAUUUUGGCAAAAGCCCAGAAGUCUAUUGGUAACAACCUGGGCCGUGUUGCCAAGAAGAUCUAUAAAGACACCCCGCAAGAAGCAGAAAAGUUUGUUAUAGAUUCGAUGAACAGGAUUAAAACAGCAACUGAUGCUUUGAGCGCAUCUCAGACUGCUGAUCUUGUUGUUGAAGCUAUUGUAGAAAACAUUGAUGUCAAGCAUCAGUUGUUCCAGAAGUUAGAUCAAGUUGCACCUGACCAUACAAUUUUUGCAUCAAACACUUCCUCCCUUUCUAUUAAUGAAAUUGCUUCUGUCGUCAAACGGAAAGACAAGUUUGGUGGACUGCAUUUCUUUAAUCCUGUACCAGUCAUGCGUCUCUUAGAAGUGGUACGCGGUGCAGAGACAUCGGAAACAACUUACAAGAGCAUGAUGGACUGGGGAAAAUCUCUGGGCAAGACCUGCAUCACUUGCAAGGACACACCCGGAUUUGUUGUGAACAGACUACUUGUUCCAUACAUUGCUGAAGCCAUUAGGCUGUUUGAGCGAGGAGACGCAUCUGCACGCGACAUAGAUAUUGCAAUGAAACUUGGUGCUGGAUAUCCUAUGGGACCAUUAGAAUUGGCAGACUACGUAGGACUAGACACCAACAAGUUUAUUCUGGAUGGCUGGCACAAGAAGUUUCCAGAGGAACAGCUGUUUAAACCUAUUCCACUACUUAAUAAGUUGGUGUCGGAAGGUAAACUUGGGAUGAAGACCGGCGAGGGUUUUUACAAGUAUGAAAAGAAGUAA